AUGAAGAUUCCUCGUGGUCUACGGUGGACAUUCAAGUCUGCAAAACCACGAAAUGUCUCGUUUCUUAACACAACCGGAGCUCCGGUGAGCUUUUCCACCAAGUCCUCUCUUGGAGGGGCUGAAGGACAAGCCCGAGCAGCCACUACUCCACAGUCGCAAGAUGGCGAGACAAGCAAGAGGCCAGUGAAACCAGCUCAACAUGCGCUAUCGAGUCCCCUACGCGCUGUGAUGCGCCAGCUGCCACACCCUGUAGUCGUCAUCACGACCCUCGAGACUCCAGCCGAGGCCAACGGAAGAGCGGUUGAUCGAUUACCACGACCAAUUCCCCGAGCUAUGACCGUCUCUUCAUUUACAUCUCUAUCCAUUGACCCAGUUCCAAGGGUCACCUUCAAUGUUACCCUUCCGAGCACAACCCAUCAAGCCCUCGUUCAAAGCCGCAGAUUCAAUGCCCAUAUCCUCAGCGGCGACGACCAUGGCGCUAGGAUAGCCGAUCUAUUUACUCGGGGAAACAGGGCGUCCGAAGAUACAGAUCUAGGUGUUCUCGCGGGUCUAGAGAAACUUGGCGCUGAAAUACUAGGACGAGAGCAGUGGUUGCAGGAGUGGGAGUCAGGAGAAAAUCACAGGAAGAUAUCUCUAGCUCGGGGAAAUGCUUCAACCGGACCUGACACUGUGCGGCCUAGUACGUUACCCGUAUUUCGAGGUCCAGGCAUCCUACACGUAUUGAAGUGCAGAUAUCACCAUCUAAAGCCUCCUGUAGACUGCGACUUCGACCAUCACGCCAUCAUCAUGGGUGAAGUCUUAGAUAUUAUAUCCGGCGAGGCUACAGGUGAUGGCGAUAUCGCGCUUGCUUAUGCUGAUAGAGCAUACCGACAGAUGGGACGCAAACUCUUGAAAAGGCCGGCCACUGACUGA